AUGGGGGUUAACAAUCAUGGUCAGACAAUUCUUUUUGCUUGUGGAUUUUUAAAUCAUGAGAUCGUUGAUGAUUUUGUAUGGUUAUUUAAUCAGUUUUUUGCAAGUAUGCCUGGUGGUGCCCCAAAGAUGAUUAUUACCGAUCAAGAUCCAGCUAUGACUAAGGCAUUUCCUCUUGUUCUUCCAAAUACUUUUCACAGGUAUUGUAGUUGGCAUAUAUUAAUGAAGUUUUCUGAGAAAAUUGAUGCAGUGAAGUAUAGUGUUUAUAAGAGUGAGUUUUCGGCUUGCAUUUGGAAAUCGGAGACUCCUGAAGAAUUUGAUUUACAAUGGAAAAGUCUGAUUAAGAAGAGUGGGUUAGAUGAAAACAAAUGGUUGCAAGACCAAUAUGAACUUCGGUCUAGAUGGAUUCAAGCAUAUGUUAAUCACGUAUUCUUAGCUGACAUGUCAAGGAGUCAACUAGCAGAAAGUGGACAUGCAUUUUUCAAGAAAUUUGUUUUGAAGAAUAAUUCAUUAGUGGAUUUCAUGAUUCAGUUUGAUAGGGGAGUAGUGCUCCAACAUCACGAGGAGUUGAUGGCCGAUCACAAAGAAGUAAUUGAGAAACCUAAACUUGGAAUAAAUCAUGACUUUUUGGAGCAAAUGGUCGAUAUUUACACGAAUGAGAUGUAUUACAAGUUUGAGGCUGAAGUGUGUGAUAGCUUUAACUACAAGUUGCAAUGUGUUAGGGAAAUUGACAAUCACUAUGUGUAUCAAAUUCAAAGAAAGAAGCAUGUAGCAAGUAAAGUCCGCGAAAUCGUUUAUGACAAGGACUUGGAUUUGGUUUCUUGUAGUUGUAAAAAGUUCGAAAGUGCCGGAAUCCCAUGUACGCACAUUAUCUCAUAUUGGAUGAAGUUUGAUGCUGAAAUAUUGCCCGAUAAAUACAUCUUAAAGAGGUGGACUAAGUCUGUAAAAUCAGAGAUAGUGAUUGAUAAUAAAGGCAUGCUGGUAACCUCUGACAAUUCUUAUCUUUUAUUGCGGAGUCAAUUUAUCCAAUCAUCUUUGGAUUUAGUUAACAAGUCCCUCGUAUGUGAAGAAACAAGGACGAUGUUUACCGAUGGUUUGCGUAGCAUUAAUGAGCAAAUAAGUCAAUUUCUUAGUAGCCAUAUGAUAGGUGAUAGUGAUGGUACUAGUGCGCAUGGUUCUUGCACUUUUCAAAAUAGUUUCAAUGAACCCAAUCAAGUGCGAGCAAAGGGGUUCGGCAAAAGGUUGAAAGGAGGAAAAGAGAAAGCAAUGGCAAGAGUUAAGAAUAAAAGAGAGAGACGUUGUCACGGUUGUGGUAAAGUAGGCCAAUCACAUGAUAAGCAAAAUUGUCCAGCACUCACAAAUCCGUCUUCUACAUGCGUUGAUGUGAAUUUGCAAGAGGGUAAUGAGAUAUCAAGUGAAGAUGGGGAGGAUGUGAAUCUUUCUGAAUGA